GGCCGUGGGCUCGGACAUCCUUCCUCAGUCCUGGCCCCUCGUGCCGGCCAGCACGGAGCUCACAGCCCUCGGGACGCGGCUGGCCUUGCGUGUCAGGCCUCCGGGUGCUGGCAGUCACGCUGAGCUGCGCGCUGACGUGGCCGCGUCCUGACAUGGUUUCUUGUCCUUCCAGCGGAUGCUGUCUGAGCUGAGAGCACGGCAGGAGUGCUAUCAGACGCCGGACUGGGCACGGAAGAGCAUUGGUGCUACCAUCGACCUGCACAGAACUUCUCCUACCUACACAUUUAAGUGCUGGUUUUGCUGGCUCCACAGUUUCAUCGUCCCCGUGAAUCCUCCGGAUACCAUCCUGCAGCCGGGCGAUUCACCAGGACACUGCUGGCCCAUGGAGGGACAUCAGGGCCAGGUGGUCAUCGGGUUGCCAGCUGAAAUCCUGCCCUCUUGUGUCAUUCUGGAACACGUUGAGCCAGGGCUGACUCCAGCUGCCUCCCCCAGCAGUGCCCCGAAAGAAUUUGCUGUUUUUGGGCUGGAUGUGGACAGCGAAGAGGAGGUUCCGCUCGGGUCGUUCACCUUCGAUGUGCAGAAGGCAUUCUUAGACAUCUUCCUGCUCCAGAAUCAUCCUGCCAGAGCCUUUCGCCACAUCAAGGUUCUGGUGCAGAGCAACUGGGGACAUCCAGAAUACACCUGCAUUUACCGAGUGCAGGUGCUUGGGAAGAUGGUGAAAAAACUGACCGUCUGAAAUUGGACUUGGAAGAUCCGAAAUUGAACGUGGAAGAUCUGAAAUUGGCAUUUGUCAGAUCUGAAAUUGGACUUGGAAGACCUGAAAUUGGACUUGGAAGACCUGAAAUUGGCAUUUGUAAGAUCUGAAAUUGGCAUUUGUCAGAUCUGGAAUUGGACUUGGAAGACCUGAAAUUGGCAUUUGUAAGAUCUGAAAUUGGCAUUUCUCAGAUCUGGAAUUGGACUUGGAAGAUCUGAAAUUGGCAUUUGUAAGAUCUGAAAUUGGACUUAUUGACCAAAAAAUAAAAACAUCAACAUCAUCUCGAACCGCGUCUGUGUUGAGAUGGGGCGCAGCUCCGUGGGGGGGGCAGCUCCUCAUUCCUCUCCAGCCUCCCAAAGCCCUGCGCCGGGCUGGCCGGUGCUCCCCUGACAGCGACACGGCGAGCGCUCAGCAACAGCCGGGCUGAGGCACAGAGCCAGGCGGAGGGGCCGCAGCCUUUCUGGGCUGACACGGGCAGCCGGACGGAGCUCCGAGGAGCCACCGAGCCGCCCAGAGCUCUGGCUGCGGGGAACUGCGGGAUCUCCAGGCCGCAGUUAUUGGGAGGAAAGCACGACAUUCUCACUCUGAUUAGCAAAAGAGCUCGGGAGACGUAAACAAGUUCAGCAGACACGGAGGGAGAAAACCCACACAGUGUAACUGUUCAUGCCAGACACA